UUUUCCGGCGACGUUUCUCCCAUCUCCGCGCGAUUAUGACGAUCUGACUGACCGAUUAUGAAUAUUUUCGCUUCCAAUAAAAAGUCGACCGUCGUUGUCGUCGUCUAGGCGAAUGGACAAGCGCGUAAAGUGAUUGCAUAACAAAGUUAAGCACCGAAAACAGUGGAUUUUCGAGGGGGUCGAAUUGCCCUUGGUUAUUGCCAGUAGCGCCAGCCGCUAUCUCGAACCUAUCAAAUCGACCAAGGUCAAACGAAUUGAAGGGAUUUUUUUUUGGUUUUGGACACUUCGGAGGAUGGGACUCUCCAAGUGGGUUAAGACGCUUUUUCGCGUCGGAACGGAAGCCGGUUCCAAAGUGAAACCGGUGGCACAAGCUGUGGCUGCCGUGGAAAACGUUACUUCAGACAAGAAAAUUCUUGCGGCACAGCCACAGCAGCAAUGCGGAUAUGCGACGGAGGCUUCGUUUGAAACCAGAGCCUUCAAGCUGCACAACUUGGACCAGGGUCCGGCAACUAGCGUUAGCGUCACCAAGGAUGAAGCCCUCAAGUACUACAGCCAGAUGUACGCAAUCCGCCGGAUGGAAACGGCCGCCGGAAAUCUGUACAAGGAGAAAAUCAUUCGCGGAUUCUGUCAUCUGUACUCCGGACAGGAAGCAUGCGCCGUGGGUAUGCGUGCUGCGAUGCGCCCGGAAGAUUCCUGCAUCACGGCCUAUCGUUGCCACGGGUGGACUUAUCUGAUGGGGGUUUCGAUUCAGGGAGUGCUGGCUGAACUAACCGGUCGUCAGAGCGGAUGUGCUCGCGGUAAGGGAGGCAGUAUGCACAUGUACUCGCAUAACUUCUACGGUGGAAACGGAAUCGUGGGGGCUCAGGUUCCUUUGGGAGUGGGAAUUGCCUUUGCUGCCAAGUAUAAGGGAACGAAUGGGGUUUGUAUUGCGGCCUACGGUGAUGGCGCGGCCAAUCAGGGACAGUUGUUCGAGGUCUACAAUAUGGCCAAGCUGUGGAACACCCCGGUCAUUUUCGUGUGCGAGAACAAUGGUUACGGCAUGGGAACCAGCGCGGAACGUGCCUCGGCCAACGUCAACUACUACACCCGAGGAGAUACCGUGCCCGGAAUCUGGGUCGACGGUAUGGACGUGUUGGCCGUUCGCGAAGCAACCAGGUUCGCCAUUGAUCACUGCAACAGCGGUAAGGGACCGAUCCUGCUGGAAACGGCUACCUACCGGUACUCGGGUCAUUCUAUGUCCGAUCCUGGAACCAGCUACCGUUCCCGUGAUGAGAUCGCCGAGGUUCGCCAAACGCGUGAUCCCAUCACGUCCCUGCGGGAGAAGAUCUUGACCAAUGAGUUGGCCACCACCGAAGAGCUGAAGGAAAUCGAGUCGAAGAUCCGCGGAGAAGUGGACUCCGCUACGAAGGCGGCCAAGGCCGAUCGGGAAAUUCCGGUAGAUGAACUGUGCACGGAUAUCUACGCCAACCCGGACAAUACCGGAGUGAUCAGAAGCGUUAUGCCGGCGGCUGAACUUACCCACAAGCGCCUCGGAAAGGCAGUUAACAUGUGAAGUGCGCAGGCAAUUCGUUAAGAGAUGCGUCUCAUUGUAUUCCCGCAAACUGCCACCAGCAUCAGUACUGUUGUGCAAAAAUGAUAUUGUACUACUACCUACUAGGAGAAAGUAUGGAUGCGUACUAUGCACCUUAAAUCUCUUAAGCGAUCAUAUUUUAGGUUUGAUUUUAAUUUAGCUCCAAGCGAACACGAUCAUCCAUCCAGAUAUUUGGUAGUAUGAACAAAGACACAACGAUUUCGACUUCGAAGAAUUUCGACCAAUAUCAAACAUUCUGUUUAUUACAAGCAACACCACACAACACGGGUUUCCAGGCAUUUAAGGUUUCUGUUUCUGUUUCAUGUGUUCCUUACUUUUACACCCGACCCUUGAACGAAGGGACUAUUCGAAUUCUGAAGUGAAUGUAAACAUUAACGAAUAUAGUAAACUACAAAA